AUGGCACACACCUACGGUGUGGCUUGGCGUGGAACAGGUCAGACCAUAGCAAAUCCCGCUGUACUUCUCCGUCGCUUCGUACAUUCGGACAAGGCCUCGCUCUGGUUCCCCAUGGGCGUGGAUCCCGAUCCUGAGCGCGGGCCGCCGCCGGUCCCCGCGCCUUCCCCUCCCCCGGCGGAGAGCGCGUCCGCGGCGUCUGCGGCACUCCCGGCGGAGCAGGAUGCGGCGGGAAACGCGCCAGCGGCAGACGAAAGCUCUCCGCUCUUGAAAGGGGGAGCGCAGGAGCAGGGGGAGGGAGGGUUGGCGGGAAAGGGCGAAGGCGAGGAGGCGAACCUAGUGGCGGUAACCACGGGGGAGGAAAGCGGGGAGAAUGCGACGGCGGCAACGGCGGCGGAGGAGGCCGACUCGGCGAAAGCGGAGAAAUCGGAGAAAGCGGAGAAGGAGAAGGGGGAGAAGGGGGAGAAGGGGGAUUCGAAGGAGGGCGCGGAGGAGGCGGGGAGCGUGCCGUACUGGCAGCUGUUCCGAUACGCGGACAAGUGGGACGUGGCGCUGAUGGUGGUGGGAUCGGCGGGCGCCAUCGCGCAGGGCAUCGCGCUGCCCAUGAUGGCGCUGCUGUUCGGCGACAUGAUGAACGCGUUCGGCGCCAACACCACCAUGGACGCCAUGCUCGACCAAGUCGCCAAGGCAUCACUGAACUUUAUCUACCUGGCGAUAGCGGCUGGCGUCACGGCGUAUAUACAGACGGCGUGUUGGAUGAGCACGGGCGAGCGCCAAGCCUCACGGCUGCGAACACUGUACCUGGCAUCGGUGCUGCGGCAGGACGUGGGAUUCUUCGACACGAGCCUGUCCACGGGCGAGGUGGUGGGGCACAUGUCGGGGGAUAUCGUGCUCGUGCAGGAGGCCAUGGGGGAGAAGGUGGCCACGUGCAUGCAGUUUCUGGCGCAGUUCUUGGGUGGCUUCGUGGUGGCGUUCAUAUCGGGCUGGCAGCUAGCAUUGGUCAUGCUGGCCACGCUGCCGCUGCUGGCGGUGGCGGGGGGGGUGAUCACGGUGGUGGUACAGCAGUCCACCAGCAAGGGGCAGCAGGCGUACACCGCUGCUGGCACCAUCGUCGAGGAGUGCGUGGGGGCCAUCCGCACUGUGGCGGCCUUCACAGCGGAGCGCAAGUCAGUCCAAGCGUACGCCGCCCACCUGCACGCGGCCUUCCGGGAGGGCGUGAAGCAGGGCCUGGCAGCAGGGUUCGGCUACGGGCUCACCAUCUUUGUCAUGUUCUGCUCGUACGCGCUGGCGCUGUGGUACGGGUCGAAGCUCAUCGCCGACAGCAGCUACACGGGCGGCAAGGUCUUCUCCGUGCUCUUCGGCGUGAUCAUCGGCGGCAUGUCCCUCGGUCAGGCCUCCCCCUCCUUUGCCGCAUUCGCCUCGGGCCGAGCAGCGGCCUUCAAGAUCUUCCAAGUCAUUCAGCGCAUCCCCCCUAUAGACAGCUCCAGCCCCGCUGGCGAAACCCCCCCGGACUCCGAAGUAAAAGGCGAGCUCGAGCUUCAAAACAUCGUCUUCGCCUACCCGUCCCGGCCCGACGUGACGAUAUUCAACGGGUUUUCGCUGAAGAUCCGCGCGGGAGAGACGGUGGCGCUGGUGGGGGAGAGUGGCAGCGGCAAGUCGACGGUGGUGGCACUGGUGGAGCGAUUCUACGACCCGCAGAGCGGAGCCGUGCUGCUGGACGGCCGCAGCAUCGCCGCUCUCAACCUGCGCUGGCUGCGCCAACACAUGGGCCUCGUCAGCCAGGAACCCGCGCUCUUUAAUGUGUCGAUAAGGGAGAAUAUCGCGUAUGGGAAGGGCGGAGGGGACGCGUGGGGAGGGGGAGGGGGAGAGGAGAAGGGGGUGAGUGAUGAGGAGGUUAAGGCGGCUGCGCGGGCGGCGAAUAUUCACGAGUUCAUUGAAUCGCUGCCAGAAGGCUACAACACGCUGGUUGGGGAGCGCGGCACCCAACUCUCAGGCGGGCAGAAGCAGCGGGUGGCGAUCGCGCGGGCGAUCCUCAAGGACCCGCGGGUGUUGCUGCUGGACGAGGCGACGUCGGCUUUGGACGCGGAGAGCGAGAAGGUGGUGCAGGCGGCUUUGGAGCGCGUCAUGGUCGGCCGCACCACCGUUGUCGUCGCCCACCGCCUCUCCACCGUACGCGGCGCGGACCGGAUUGCGGUGCUGAGUAGAGGAAAGGUGGUGCAGGAGGGCAAGCAUGAGGAGCUGAUGAGGGAGGGCGGGGCGUAUCUGCAGCUGGUGAAGCUGCAGGAGAUGGCUGCGAGUGGGAGGGAGGAAGGGGGGGAGGGUGGGGGUGAAGGGGAGGGUGGGAAGGUGAGUGAUGAGGAAGAGGGGAAGGCGGGGAAGGAAGGGAGUUCGGAGGAGACCAGUUGCAGGAGCAGUGCUGAUGGUGAUGAGGAUGAUGACGAUGAGGAGGAGGAGGAGACAGAGGGAGAGGGAGAGGGGGAAAAGCGAGAGGAGGCAGAGAAGGCUGGGAAGGGGGACAGCACAGGGACAGACCCAGAGCAGGGCGAGACGGAGGGCACAGGAGAGAAGGCAAAGGAGAAAAAGGAGAAGAAGGAGAAGAAAAAGAAGGAGAAGGAGAGGAAGGAUAAGAAGAAGAAGAAACGGUCUCCGUUCCUGCGGCUGGCGAUGCUGAACAAGCCCGAGUGGCCGUAUGCGCUGUCAGGCACGGUGGCAGCAGCCGUGCAGGGCGUCAUCCUGCCCUUCUUCGCCCUCAUCCUCUCCCGCAUCAUCACCGUCUUCUAUAACCCAGACAAGGCCAAGAUGCGCAGCGACGCGGAUUUCUGGUCGCUCAUGUUUGUCAUCCUCGCCGUGGUCGCGUGGGUCUCCCGCACGCUGCAGACCUUCCUCUUCAGCGUGGCGGGGCAGCGCCUCAUCUGGCGCAUCCGCCGCAUGUGCUUCCACUCCGUGCUGCGCCAGGAGAUGGCCUGGUUCGACCGCGAGGACAACUCCAGUGGCGCCAUCGGCUCGCGCCUCUCCUCAGACGCCACCCACGUGCACUCCAUAGUGGGCGACCGCCUGUCCCUCGCCGUGCAGAACGCAGCAACACUCGUAGCUGGUCUCAUCCUGGCGUUCUCGUCGUCGUGGAUCCUCUCCUUCAUCGUGCUCGCCCAGCUGCCGCUCAUCGCUGCCGGCUCCAUCUUCCAGAUGCGCAGCCUGCAGGGCUUUGCUGACGAUGCCAAGCAAGCGUACGAGACAGCGACGCGCAUAGCGUCGGAUGCAGUGGGCGCCAUGCGCACAGUGGCGUCGUUUGCAGCAGAGGGCCGCGUCAUGGCUCUCUACCGUGCCAGUGUUGUUGCUCCUGUCAAGGCAGGGCUGCGUAAGGCACAGGUCAGCGGAGCGGGCUUUGGCUUUGGGCAGUUCUGUCUGUUUGCAGUCUACGGCUUCUCCUUCUGGUGCGGCGGGCAGCUCGUCAAGAUCGGCCAGGCUGACUUCCAAUCCGUCUUUCAGUCAUUCUUUGCAGUGGUGUUCACAGCAAUGGGGGUGGCCCAGACAGCAAGUCUAGCGCCGGACAUGGCGACGGCACAGGCAGCAGUGAAGUCCAUCUUCAAGCUGCUGGACCGGCGCUCCCGCAUCGACCCCGAGGGGAAGGGAGAGCGGCCGGAGGAGGGAGUGGGGGGCGAGGUGCAGUUCCAGGGCGUGGUGUUUGCAUACCCGUCCCGCCCGCACCUCACCAUCCUGCAGGACUUCACACUUACAAUUCCGGCUGGCAAGACGGUGGCGCUGGUGGGGGAGAGUGGCAGCGGCAAGUCAACGGUGGUGGCACUGAUGGAACGCUUCUACGACCCGCAGAGCGGAGCCGUGCUGCUGGACGGCCGCAGCAUCGCCGCUCUCAACCUGCGCUGGCUGCGCCAACACAUGGGCCUCGUCAGCCAGGAACCCGCACUCUUCAACAUCUCCAUCCGAGACAACAUCGCCUACGGCCGCGCUGCAACCUAUGUUCCCAACGGCGGGGCUGCUGCUGGUGAUGGUGCUGAUGCUGAUGGUGCCAGUAAGAAGGGCUGUUGGAGCCUUAGUGCUACUAGCAAGGGGACCCGGGAUUCAAGGCGAAGCCGUGAUUUCAGGAUGAGUAGGGAGAGUGCGGGAAGUGGUGCGGAUGGGAGGGAGGAGGAGGAGGAGUUUGAAGCGGUGACCGAGACUGAGAUUGUUGAAGCUGCCAAGUCUGCCAAUGCCCAUGCAUUCAUCUCCGCUCUUCCCGAAGCAUACGACACGUUGGUAGGGGAGCGUGGAACGCAGCUGAGCGGGGGGCAGAAGCAGCGGGUGGCGAUCGCGCGGGCGAUCCUGAAGGACCCGCGGGUGCUGCUGCUGGACGAGGCGACGUCGGCUUUGGACGCGGAGAGCGAGAAGGUGGUGCAGGCGGCUUUGGAGCGCGUCAUGGUCGGCCGCACCACCGUUGUCGUCGCCCACCGCCUCUCCACCGUGCGAAGUGCAGACUGCAUUGUUGUGAUGCAGAAGGGGCGGGUGGUGGAGCAGGGCACACAUGACGAGCUUCUCGCAAAGAAGGGCGCGUAUCACCUGUUGGUCUCAGCGCAACGGUAG